AAUAUGGGGACAACGCAACAAUAAAAACUAUUUAGUAUAGUGGAUUGUGAUUCCAGAAUCAGGAUUAUCAGGUCAAUGCAAUAACCACUGGAAAUAGUACAGUAAACUGCGUUUUAUGAUGCAACUCUUUCGUCAAAUACUGCACUUUGGAACAGAAGAACUACACUGGUCUUCUAUAGAAAAAUAAACAGUAAAUUGAUAUUUUACAUUUGGAUAUGUAUCCUUAACUUCUUCUCUUCUCUCAAAAAGGCAAGAGGAUUUAAUCAAUUAUCUACCUUAUGUGAUCAGUACCUUCAACAUUAGACACCUUAAAGUUUUACUCUCUGAUUCAGUGCAAAAUGAGUGAACACGAUGAGGAAUUCUCGAUGAUGCAUAAUUUUAUGAUUUUGAAUACACACUUCAAAAUUGACUUGGCCAAAUUUCUUGGGAAUGUUCUACAGCUCUGCUGGAGGGAUACUGAUAAUUUAAGGAAACAUGAAAUGUUUAAUUUACUGGACAAAGGAAGCCAAACUGAGAUAUCAAGAAGAAAUAGUUUUGUUUUGAGCUUUCCUGUAUUGUGUGAAAUUUUUCUGAAAGGAAUAUGUGGGGACAUAGCGAUGGAACAAUACAUGGAUUCGGAGGUUCUUCAAGAUGUUGCCCGCCUCCAGGAAAUCUGGAAGGUCAAUAUUUUUGAGAAUGAUGUUGAAAAGAUAUCUAACGAUGGCAGAAAACAAAUCUGGGGGGAGAUAGAGGGUGUCGGGGAAAGGAUGGCUCAGAGAUUUGAAGAAGUAGGAAAGAUAUAUCUUGAAAGCAUUAGAAGAUAUACAGCGGAAGAAAAAGAGAGAGAUCCAUUUGCUGUCCAAAUUGGGGAUGAAAACAGAAUGGAUGUGAAAUUUGAGGAAGAAUCAAGGGCCCCUAUAUUCAUACAGGUUGGAAAAAACAACAAGAUAAUAAUUAAUCUUGAAGACCGACGAACUUCAGAACAGCUCAGAACAAGUGAAAGAGUGAAACUGAGGAUGGUUUUGAGAUCCAACAAUGCUUCUGAAUGGAAAGAAAUUACAGAAAACAUGUUGAAGAUGGAUCUUCAUGAUUUGAAUUCCAAUAUAAUACUAAAGGAAAAUGAUAUCGUCAUCGACGAUUUUGAGAAGGGGUGUCUUGUGAUAAAUUUUAACAUCUCCGGUGGAAAUGCAAUGAAAAACUUCCUGAAAACUUUAUUUGAAGUAAUAUUUCAAGAGGUGAAAGUAGAAACCACUCUACGAAAAUAUGAAGCAUCCUCCAUUCAUAUUUAUGGAUAUUUUUAUCGUCCGGAGGAAUUCCAGACAAAAGAUGCAUCUUCCAGUCAGAAUCAAAAUGUGUCAUUAUAUUGCCAUCACUCUUGGGAGAAUGGCUCUACAGUUUGUGAUGUCGAUAUAUAUCUUACUGAUUUGAUGAGAAAUUUAAUCAUUACAGGAUUCUCUACAGAUGUGGACGAACUCAUUGAGUUGCAAAUCAGAUAUGAUACAAUCAGAUUAGGAUCAACAGUCGUGCCUCCCACCGAGUCAACGCAACCUCUAUUCACUGAAAACUUUGGUGAUGUUCUUAACGAUAUAGUGAAAUCAUCACUUCUGCACUUGCAUAGUUUGGAUACGACAAACUCAACAACUCGUAUAGUUUUUAAGUGCAAGGGUAAAAUGCUGUAUGCUAAUUUUGUCGAAGGAAAUGGCAUCAUAAGCAACAUAUCAAAGACUAUAAAUGUGCCAAGGUCGCUGUUGAGGGUAUCUUUUUUUAUUGAUACCAAUUUCGUGAACGACUCACUUUCUGAUCAAGGUUUGAUUUUCUACUUAAAUCCAUUGUCAAAAGUUUCGGAUGCUAUCAAAAGUGGGAAAUUUCCCCGAAUUGUCACUGCGAUGCUUGAGGGAAAAGAUCCAUCUCUCCUUCAAAAUGUCGGGGAAUUGAAAUUGAAAGCUGUUCUCGAAUAUCAAGAAGAAAAGGGACCAUUUUUGCCUGCAUAUUCCAAAUCUUUGCCUCCAAAAUUAGGAACUGUUGCAUCAGCAGAAAGCAAAGACAAUUUGAGAGAAAUGAAGCUGAAAGAUACUUUAUUAAAGGCAUGCAAAAUGGGAAAUCCUAAUCUUGUUCAACAGAUUCUUGAACAAGGAGAGAAUCCAAAUUUUCCAAACGAAAAGCUCCAAAAUCCUAUUCAUAUAGCUGCUGAAGGAAACCACGUACGUGUUCUGGAACAACUUCUUCUUCAUGGCGCAGAAAUAGAUGUAUUUGAUUUAAAUCAUGAAACACCACUGAUUAUAGCUUCUCGAAAAGGAAACUGGAAAAUCAUUACAGAGUUGCUGAAGCAAGGAGCUGGCCUUGAAUUCUAUAACAAUGAAAAGCAUACGGCUCUUUAUGUUGCUGUGGAACACGGUCAUCGUUAUGCAAUAUCAAAUCUGUUAAAGUUUGGUGCCAAUAUAAAUUCUGUCGGAAACGAUCAGUGUACCCCUCUGCACAUUGCAUGUAAGAAAGAGAACCAGUUGAUCAUAAGGGAAUUGCUUUCAUAUGGAGCUGAUUUGCAUUGCAAUGAUUCUAAUCGGAAUUCCCCUUUACAUACUGUCUUGCAAUGGAGCAAUGACGAAUCAAAAUGCUUAUCCAUAGUCGAUGAAUUAUUGAAAAAUGGUGCGUCCAUUAAUAGAUUUAGCGAUGGCAUGAAAACUCCACUGUGUAUAGCAUCAGAAAAAGGUUUCGGAAACAUUGUUCGUUUACUGCUAUCAAAAGAUGCUGAUUGUAAUCUGUCUGAUGUUGAAAAUAACUUACCCUUUCAUCUGGCUUCUAAAAACGGUCACAAGAAGGUAAUCAUGGAGUUGAUUAGAUAUUGUAACUUCGUUGAUAGGUGUAAUGCCAAUACCCUAACACCUAGAAGGCUGGCAAGCGAGCAUCAAGAAAUCCAAAUGUUAUUCAAUGCUCAUGAUCUGGAGGAACUGAAAGAAUUGCCAAAUGAUGUUGCUAGUCUGUGUUUGUAUUCAAAAAAGGGAAUGGUGAAUGAGAUUGAAGCUAACAUAAAACACUCUAUGCUUGUUGACAGCGCAGAUGCUAACAAAAGAACUCUUUUAUUCAUUGCGUCUGAAAACGGACAUUUAGACACUGUUCGCUUGCUAGUAAAUUCAGGGGCCAGCAUUGACGAAUUUAAUUCCUUCAGAAGAACCCCCUUGAGUGUAGCAGCAGAAAAUAGAUUUGAGUCUAUCGUGGAGUUUUUAAUUCAGUCUGGAGCUGAUUCAAAUAUUAUGGAUGAUUCGGGCAAAACACCGCUACAUUAUGCAGUCAAAUCGGGAAGUUCAAGAAUUGCUGAUGUUUUGUUGCAAAGGGGAAAGAGUGUGUAUAAGGGAGACUUCCAGGGAAAGACGCCACUCCAUUUCUGUGGAAAGUAUGGAAGUGUCUCUGUGGCAAAAUUAUUCCUGGCAGCUGGAUUUAAUGUGUAUGAGUGCGAUCUUGAAGGUAAAUCUGCAAUGGAAAUAGCAAUUGAAAAUGCUGAGAUUGAAAUAGCAGAACUAUUAAUAAGCCAUGGAGCUCAUAUUAAUAUUUCCGAUAUAAAAGGAAGAUCUCCAUUGCAUUUGGCUGCAGAAAACGGAAGUAUAAGCGCUGUAGAAAUCUUGUUAAAUGGUGGGGCGAACAUUAAUCAAAGGGAUAAAUUAAAUCAAACACCGCUUUUUGUUGCAACCGAAAAGGGCAGAAGUGUUCUAAAGAUUUUCAUCAAUCGCGGAGCGGAUCUUAACUUAUGUGAUACGAAUGGCAGGUCUCCUCUACAUGCAGCAUUAGAAGGUGGACAUUUAUUUGCAAUGAAAAUAUUAGUUAAGCAUAAUGCCAAUGUUAAUCUAGCGGAUCAGGAAGGAAUGACUCCUUUGCAUUUAGCUUCACAAUUAGGCAAUGUAGAAGGGGUAGAAAUUUUGUUAACAGCCAAUGCCAAUGUCAACUCUUUAGAUAUUAAUGGUCGUUCCCCUCUUCACUACUGUAGCUUAGGUUUAGUGGCGAAACGAUUGUUACAACAUGGUGCUGAAGUCAAUGCAAAGGACAAAGAAGGAAAAAGCCCACUCCAUGUAGCAGUAGAAAUGUUAUGUGCUAAAACUUCGACUGUGACUAAUUCGAUUGAAUUUCUUGCCAUAAUAAAUGAGGUGAUCGUAAAUGGCGCAAAUAUUUGUUUACAUGACAAUGAAAUGAAAACAGUUAUUCAUAAGACAGUGUAUGCUGACCAUGUUCAUUUACUGAUAGAACUUCUGAGUUACAAUAUUGAAUCUGAUAUUAAAGAAAAUUUAGUACGGACAGUAAAUGAUAUUUUAAAACAAAUGCAACAAGGAAAUAUAAGAAUUAUCUUAGAACAUUGGAUGGACAUUCAGCGGCCAACUGAAAAAACUUACGGUGCUGACAUUCAUAAGACAGAAUGUUGCCCUCCAUCUUUGUAUCAAAAACAUUUAGAAUGGCUAAGGGAGCACAAGUGUUUCAAAAGAGCCAACAUAUUGCAGCGGGUUAUUUCGUCAGAAAGAUCACAAGAAGCGAGAAAGAGAAAAGAAUCUUGUGGGGAAUCAUCUCUAAUUGAGCCAUUGGAAAAAGUUCUAAGAGUUGAAGGCGAACAAAACGAAGAGGAUUGAACUGUUGCAUUACAGACAUUUCUUAAAAGAAAUGAUAUACAUCAUGCUUAUUAUAUUUUAGUACGGACAAUAAAUAUGAAAAUAAGAGAUGAUUUUAAAAAGAUCUUGUUUUAAUUGAUUGAGCA